CUAAAAUUUGCGUAAGGGGGUUAGUUUGGUUAGGAGCAUAAUGUGGGCUAUGUCUCUCAUUUCUUGCCCAAAAGCAUGACUCUGAGCUCUAUGAUAGAGUGGAAAAACGAAGUUGCAACCCAAAGAGAUGCUCUGCUGCAGCAACAACAGCCACCCAGAAAGGAAGUUGCAACCGAAAGAGACUGACUGCACACACAUAUAUAAGAGUGCAGAAGGAGGCCGGAGAUGAUCCAGUUUCUGCAACAUCAAACACGACCAUGAAACAGUAACGUGAAAGAAACUUUGCUCUGAUGAAGAGACUUGAUCAUCGGUACUCAGUGUCUGUUGUGGUGCUCAGUGUAUUUGCGAUGUGCGAACAGGUUGUUGAUCCGUUGAUAGAAGGCUGUCAUCUUAGGCAAAUGCCAGCAACGGCAACCGAUAAGUGGGCAAGAAUUCAGUCUGGGAACCAGCUUCGUCGGGGACCGACCUCAACUGGAACUUGGGGACCCUGAGCCCGGAACAGGGCGCGACGCGCGAGGGACCCUGCUCCCUCAGGACGGAGAUGGUGAAAGUCUGAUAGUGGCUGCUCACUGGGUUGUACAGGAACUGCGUUAUGCCUAAUAAGAAUAAAGAGUUUGCAAGCACAUAUUAUGCCUGUAGAAGCUGUUAUCAGCGCCAUGGAUGUGCAAUCUUGCACACUGUAUGUCUGUAUCUACGAUGACUGAUAUCUGAAAAAAAUUGAAAGAAAACUGAGUUUGGUUCACCAGGCCCAACUGCUUUGGAUAAAGGGAAGAAAAUCAUUGGGCCAUGGUCCGACCAAACGACACCACCGGCUACCAAGAAGAAAAUGUGUGAUCACCUCAACAAAAAAAAGUGUGGCGUAGACGUACCUCCCCCUCCAAACCCAAUCUCCGCUCUGCCGGCGGCGCCGCCGUUCUGCAGCAGGAAGGAAGGAAAGAGGAUCGUCUUGCUUUGAGGUGUUGGAUCUUUGAUCGGAGAUGAGCGCCCGGCGGUUUGUGAACCUGCUGGUGUCGGAUUGCCAAAAAUUCACGUCCACGCUGCGGCGCUUCGACCUGUCCCGCAACCAGCUCUUCUACCCAACACCAGAAGAAGCAGUGGAACAUGCCAAGGUGGUGCCUCCAUUGACGCCGGGCAUGUCCAACAAGCCAGCCCUAACAACCAGCCCCUCGGCGGUGGCCGUGGCCGGGGCGGGGGCGGAGCGAAAGAAGAAGAACAAGAUGAUGAUGAAGAAGCCGGUUUACAUUCGGCUGCCGGCGGCCACGGUCACCAUGAAACCAUCGAUAUGUGCGAUGACCCCUUACGAUCAAUGGGGCAGGAUGUACUGCUUCCCUCUCACCGAAACCAAGCUCUUCUUCGGCGACAGCUCCACGCGCAUCUUCCGCUUCGACGUCGAGACCCACUGCAUCGACACCAUGCCCAGCCUCCACACGCCCAAGCGCUCCCCCUUGGCCCUUUCCAUCCCUCAGGAUCCGACCACCUCGAAGGAAGGCGAAGGUGGAGCCCUUUACAUCAUGGACAGCAUCCUCGGGCCUUACAAUGAGGGUCAGGUCCAGUUCGAGGCUAUCGUGUACCGCAGGCGGUUCCACCCCUGCUCCAGCAAGGCGUGGCACUGCGACGCCCUCCCGCCGCCGCCUUUCGUCCACGACCUGCAGGUUGGUAACAAACCGGCGUCCAUCUGCUCCUACGCCUUGGUUGGCGGCCACACCAUCUGCAUCUCCGUCACGGGAGUCGGCACCUAUUGCUUCGACACGGUGACUCGCGAGUGGUGCAAGGCCGGCGACUGGCUCAUGCCGUUCCACAGCAAGGCAGAGCACGACCCGGAGCUCGGCCUCUGGUUUGGCGUCUCUCACAGCAACUUCCACCUCCCGUGCGCCGCAGACAUCUCCGGUGUCGUCCGAGGGGAGGAGCCGCUGCCGGAGCACACACGAAUCUGGGCGGACACUGAUGUGCCAGAGGGAUGGUACCCGCACUACCGCCCUGCCGAAGUCGUCAGCCUCGGUUCGGGCAGAUUUUGCGUCACCAACUUCUUCGAAACUAAGGACUACGAUUGCCGCUGCGGCCACUGGUUGGUUGAUGACAUAUUGGCUGUCUUCACGGGCAUGGAGGUAGUGUUACCCGGCAAUGGCAAUGGGAAUGACAACGACGAGGGUGAUUUCAAAGGCAACAACAAUGGGAACGACAAUAAUGACAAUGGCGAUUGCAAAGGCAAUGUCAAUGGGAACAGCAACGGGUCACCUGGUGUCCGUAUGAUUAAGCAUAAAUCCAGAUUUUGUGGGACUCACGGCACCAACAUGAUCAUGUCAGUGCUCUGAUUCACAUAUUUUGAGGCAUAAGAGCAUCUAGCUCUCCCAUCAAAUCUGUUUUAACUCCCUAAUUAAAUUUGAGGGGUUAAACCCCU